AGCACCGACACUCUGUUUGGCAUUUUACUAAAGGAAGGCAAUUGAUUACUUAAAAACAGUCCCACCCAUUUUUAAAGCACACCAGCUGUCUAUAUAAGCUGUUGGUAACAGCUUAUAUAGACAGCUGAAUAGGAAGAGCAAGUACAUCUUACUGACACAGUGACCGACUCUUUCCAUAUCAUUUUUUUCUAAGGGAGGAUUUCACUUGCUUGACUUCCAGAGGUGUAACCAGUUGAGUCUGUGUUAAAAAGACUGUGUCUGUAGGUCUCCACUGGCAGAAACAUGGGAAACGAGCACUCCAAGAGCAAAGAGCAGCUGAACAAGAAUGGGGUGAUUCCUGAGAAGUGUAAAAAUGGAUCAGCGAACGGCGUCUCUGCAAACGUCUCACCCAAUGGUAUGGAGAUUGCUGGCUGUGAACCUGCUGACGCUCCAGUUAUUUCUGAAAUCGUUGAAACCAUCAUCCAGAAGGAAGAGCGCAAGGAAAGUAAUGAAGAUCAAACGGAUGUUGGUCUUCCUGCCGCCGAUCCACAGACAGAGACAGCUGACCUAAAGCCAGAGUCAUUGACGGAGCCAGAGAUUGUGACUCUAGACUCGGGUCCAGAGGGAGAGAAAGCGGACAACGGAAACAGUCAACCUGAGGAAAACCGAGAAGAAGAGAAUACAGUUAUGAACUUCUUCAAAACAAUAGUGACUUCCAAAAUAACCAAAAAGGAAACAGCUACUCCUGUUGCCACAAAAGACCAGUCCCAGAAGGAGAACCAACCAGCGACAACUACUACUGUUGCACAAGUAUCUGAGCCGCCUGCAGCAUCCAAAGGAAUGUCUAUCCCACCGCCACCUCCUCCAGAGCCACCAAAAAUGGAAAUCAAGGCCGAACCAGCUGCCAAACCUGUCAAACCCACACCAAAAGAAGAACCAAAAGCUGCUGCGAAGGAACCCGAGUCCUCAAAAGGAAAAUUAGCACUAAGCAACUUCUUCCGUUCAAAGACAAACAAGGUUGCACUACCACAGCCAGCAGUAGAAGUAGAGGUACAGCCAGUUGUAGAAGUGCAGGAGACACCAGUGGAAGUGCCAGAGCCAGUUGUUGUAGAAGUCAAGCAGAUGGUGGAAGAGAUACCACAGCUGGUGGUAGAAGCUGAGAAGGUGGACUCUUCAAAAGCUGGCACUUUGGAGGCUGCUGCGAAGCCAGAACCGCCACCGCCUGUCCAGGAAGCAAAGAAAACAGCCCCAAAAUCACCCUUCUUUUCUCUCUUCAAGUCUAAAGCUGCUGAUCCCAAGAAGGCGACCCCUGCCCCAGCUGCAGCCGUCGACACAGUCAAAGCCAAGGAGGAACCCAAAGCAGCAGCCAAGUCAUCAGAGGCAGUUGUAGAUAACAAACCGGCUUCAGUGGCCUCCAAAACUGGAGGAGAUGCAACCAAUGCGCCCAAAAAACAGGAGAAGAGGAGCUUCUUUAAAAUUCUGGGUCAGAAACGUAACUCGACAGAUGCCGGGAUCCAGACAGAGCCAGUCACUGUUGCUCCAGCAGCUGAGAAGGCCAAAUGAAACCAAAACCAACAGUGAAGUUUCCCUGUACAGACUCCCUCUCUCUUUCUUGUUCUCACUCAAUCUUUAUGUCUCUCUGUUUCAAUUUCCUUUCAACUCUUUUUGAAUUGCUUUAACUAUGUUUGUUUUUUGCUGCUGUUUAGAAGUUACAAUAUGCAAAGAAAAGUGACUGGAAAGACAAAAGCAAGUUGUGAGGAAGACGCACAAUAGGUAGUUAUACAAGUGGUGAUUUGGAAUGCUCAACGGUUAGGUCAUUGAGAUAUACGUAUAUAUAAAUAUAUAAGUAUUUGUUGUCAUGUAAAUGCAUUGACAAGUAUGGCAAUAGGAGUGUGAAUCCUUUUCUACAGACAUUUAACGUGACUUCUCGCUUUUCUUGCAACUUAACACACACAUGCAAUAUACGUUAAAAUGCAUUUCUUUUAGCAAUUUGUUUGUCAAAAACAUUUAAAAAAAGGUUCUAUUUUUACAGUUCACACAGCUGUGGCAGUGCAGAGGUUCAUAGGAAAUUACAUUGCACUUAAAUCUAUAUGACAUUAACAGCUUUGAAAAGAGCUAAUAAGAGGAGCAUAUUAGUAUAACAAACUGCACUUAACUUUGCUAUGUAGACUAAAGCACAUGCGUAUAUAUAUCCUAACAGUAUCUUUAUUGUUGUGAGGGGAACUGACUGUAAGUCUAAAACAUGCAUGUGAGGUGGGAAAACAGUUGUCAUUGUGCAAAUAUGUCCUUGUGGUAUGCUUGGCAGUAAUCAUGAAUCAUAGUUGAUUCAAGCUUUUCAUUUGAUUGCAGCUCUAUCUGUCAUGUAAUUUAAUGAAAGUCUUUUUGCGCAAGUCACAUGUGUUUGCAUCAUGUAAAAUUAAUAUCAUGCUUUUAUUUCCCUAUUUGUAUGUAUGCAUGUAUGUAUAACUUCAGCUAUCUUGAAGACAAUAAAUAUGU